AUGAAACUGAGUGUAAUCAUAAUAUUUUACAUAGAAAAUAGAAAAUUUAGAUUAAUUAGUACUUCUGUAAGAAUUGAACCUUAGUCAUAACAAUAUAAUAAAAAUAGAGAAUUUGAGAUUGCCAGCACUUAAAGAACUCAAUCUUUCUGAUAAUUUUAUCAAAUCAAUGAAUGGAUUAGAAUUUUUACCAUCUUUAAUUAAUUUGAAUUUGAAUGGAAAUUAAAUAACUGAGAUUAGCUUAACAAAUCAUUCUUUAGAAACAUUAAAGCUAUCUAGAAAUUAAAUAAAGGACCCUCUAUAAUUAUUAAAUCUUAAACCUCUUUUAAAUUUGAAAAUACUUUCUAUCAGUGAUAAUCCUUUUUGUAGAACAUUUAGUUACAUAGAAUAUCUAUGUUUUUUAAAUCCUACACUAUAAGUUUUAGACAAUAAAGUUAUUUCUAAUUAACAUGAAAUAGCAAGACAAUUGUAUGGAGAACCAAUCCCUAGUGAUCAUUAAUAAUUACUCUAAAAUAUUAGACUGGUUUAAUUAAAAAAACAAGAAAUUGAUGCUGAAAUAGCUUAAAUAGAAAAUAGAAUUUAAAGAGCUACUAAUUUAAUUCAAACCUAUCAAAAUGAUUCUGAUAGUGAGGAUGAAACAGACAGACAGGUUACCAACAAAGCAUUUCUUUCUUUAAAAUCUUAGUUAGAAGAGCAUUACCAAGUUCGCUAAGAAACUGAUGAUGCUUUGUAGGAACUUAAAUAAUAACUUGAAUAUUAUAAGUUAUAACCAAAGGAAAAACUACCAACUGAAUAAUUGAAUAGAAUUAAUUCUCUCUUUGUUAGACUAUAAGCAGUACUUCAAAUAAAUUUAACUAAAUGUUAAAGAUCUUUAUUUGAAAUGGCUUUGUAGGGAAGUAUAGAGUAAGUUUUGUAAAGCGUAGUGGAUUUACUAGAAACAAUUUUAGAUAGAAUACCCUUGUUACCUUAAGAAAGUAUAUUAUAAGAAGUAGCUGCUUAAAUUCAUGAUCAAAUUUAAGAUUUAUAUUAGAGAGUUUCUACUAAUUCAUUAAAUUAAAUAGGAAUUUAAGAUAAACCUAUAGAAUCAUCAAUUGUACUUUUAAAGAAGUUAUUUAAAAGAGCAGAAAAGAAAUACAAGAAGAUUGAUGAAUUUAAUGUAAUCAAGGCUUAAUUUAUAAAAGAUUUUGAAAUAGAAACAUAAUAAUUAGCUGAAAAGUGGAAAGAUUAUGAAAAUAAAAAAGCAUAAUUACUUCAAGAAAAAGAUACAAUUAGUAAAGAAUUAGAAGAGUAAUUUGAAUAAAUUAUGCAAUAGAAAGAAGAUCUUAAAAUGUAACAUUAAUAAGUUGAAGUUUAAUUUACAAAAUCAAAUGAAGAUUUUAAAAUAUUUAGAGCAAAAUAAAAUGAGGCUAGAAAAUGUUUAUCUGAUGAGAUAACUAGACUUGGUAGAUAAUAGGAAUAAUUAGUAAUAAUUUGAAUAAUAAUAAUCUAGUGUGAAGAAGUUUAAGAACUUUAAAGUGAAAUGGAAAGACUUAAAGAUACAAAUGCAGAAAAAGAAGAAUCCAUAAGAUUAUUAAAUGAAGAAAUUGAAAUGUUGUAAUAGAGAAUCUAAGAUUAAUAUUAAGUUAGUUUUUAGAUUAGAGAAGAUCAAUAAAGAGCAUUGAAUAAUAUAGAAUAUUUGAAUUCAUAAAAAGAAUUAAUAAGUAAAGAUAUAGAGGAAUUACAAUUUGAAUUUUCAAAAAAAGAAUAAGAUAUAAUGGAUUAAUAAAUAAAAUAUUAAAAUGAAAAUAAUAAAAUAAAAUAAUUACUUGAAGAAUUAGAUACUUGUCAUUCAAAAUUAAAAAACACAGAACAAUUAUGCAGAGAAGCAGAUAGAGUUUUAAAAUAAUUAAAUAAUUCUAUAGCUGAUAAAGAGUAAGAAAUUUAAAAAUAUGAUAAAAUCAUAUUGGAAUCAAAUAUUGAAAAAGAGAAAAUAAAAUAAUCUAAGAAUGAGAAUUUGUAGAUCAAAAAAGAAUCAUAGAAAUUUAGGACAGAAUUAGAUAAUUUAGAAUAUUAAUUAUAAGUAAAUCAAGAUAAUUUAUAAAAAAGCAAAAAGAAUUUAUAAUAAGUGACAUAAUUAACUAUAGAGAAAGAGUAAGAAUUAUUAUAAAUAGAAAAAUAGUUAAUUAAUACAGAAAAAUAAAUAUAAGAUUAAUUAAAAUAAAAGGAUAUUUUAAGUAAUGAUUUUGACAUCUUAUAGAAAGAAUUGAAAAAAUUAAAUUUUGAUAAAGCUAAAUUAUAAUAAUAAGUAGAUGAUGCCAAUAUAGAUUUACAAAGCAUUAAAUAAGAAUAUUAAAUUUAAUAAUCUAAUUUACAAUCUUUAAAUAAAUAAAUUGAAUAGAAGGUUACAGAAUUAUCUACAUAAACACAUUAUCAAAUGCAUUAAGGAUAAGAACAAAUUAUUAAUUUUCAACAUUAAUUGUAAAAAUUAUAAGAAGGUAUUGAAAUUAAAGGAUAAGAAUUUAAAUUAUUAGUUGAUUAAAUUGAUUAAUUAUAAUAAAAAAGAGAUCAUUUAAUAUAGAGUAUUUAAUAAUUAUAAUCAUCAGUUUUACAAGAAGAAUAAAACACAAACUAAAAACCAUAUGUAAAUAUUAAAUUAAAUUAGAUUUUACAUGAUGAAGAAUCACUCCAUUCUUAAAGCUAUGAUAAACUAAAAUCGGAUUGGUUAAAACCUUCAAAAAAUUCUGCAAUAAAAAGUUAUACAAAUUUUGCCUUAUUAAGUGAUUUAAGUAAGAAAUUUUAGCCAAGAUCUGCAAAUUAAUCUAUGUUAAGGAAAUCUCCUUAAGGAAAAGAUUAAUCAGUUUAAUCUGUUAUUUAAAAUUUAGAAGAAUUAAACUAAAAUUUAGAUAGAAUGUAUAUGGAAAGUCUAGAAAGAUUUGAAUCCUGA